AUGGACCUCGCAUUCGAUAUCGACGAGCCUGUCGUAGUCAAGGAGUGCUGCCACCCUGGAACAACCAAGCGGAUGCUCGAGCUAUGUCCCAAGCAUGGCGCCAAGGCUAAAUCUGGAGCAGGUCGUUUUAACAUCCUCCAGGUCUCCAAAGCAAUCAGAACGGAGGCAAUGUGGGUCGUCUACGACAAAACCCCUCUUCUCCUCAACACUGAGGGCAGUAUAAGCAGGUACUACACCACCCUCCCCCGCCCGCGUACUCUCCGCAAGGUCAUCGGCUACAGGAAGCCUACUACAUGCAAGAGCGCAAUCUGGAAGACAGCCAACCAGUUCCGUACCACCAAGAUCGACCUCUCGGAAGACCUGCUGCAAUACGGCAAUCCGUACGCCUUUAUCGAUCGUCUGGUAUGCAUCGUAACACUACUGUGCAAGGAGCAAGACAAGGACCACGUCGCUUCGAAAUCUGUGCACCUUAACCUCGGCAGCUUCUUCCAGCAAAUGCUCCCUUUCAACGAAAAAUCCCAGCUAGAUUCGCGGUAUGGAGAGUAUCUCGACUGGUUGUUCUUCCAUUCCGACACCCACGAGCCUGACCACGACAAGCUCGCGAAAGGUAUAGUACGCAGCCUGCAGCGACUGGUGGCUACGAUCGGCAAGCACUCUGGCCGCGAGCAGUGGAAGAUCUUCGUGAAGACUGAUAUUGCGGAGGAGGACGAGGGCGGUGCGAAGGCGCUGUUCGAUUUCCAGGUCGCUUGCGCGGAGCAAGGUGUUGAGGUCUGUCCUUUGGAGAGCUAA